AUGAUCGAUGAAACUGAGGAAGAUGAAGAGACACAGCGAUCAUCCAGAAACGACGGCGUUUCGAGGAAGAAGAAGAAGAAGAGCUUGGGUUUUAAGGGCGGUAAAACAAAGAGAGCUCUAAUCGGAGCUGGUGGUCGGAUCCUGUUUUAUCCGACCCUUUUUUAUAAUCUCGUUCGCUUCAAACUCCAGUCUCAGUUCCGUUGGUGGGAUCAAAUCGACGAGUAUCUUCUGAUGGGAGCGGUUCCAUUUCGUAAGGAUGUUCCAAGGCUAAAAGAGCUAGGCGUUGGUGGCGUAAUCACUCUUAAUGAGCCUUAUGAGACUUUGGUACCAUCUUCUCUGUACAAUGCUUACGAAAUGGAGCAUUUGGUGAUACCAACACGAGACUACCUGUUUGCUCCAUCGAUUGCAGAUAUAACACAAGCUGUAAACUUCAUUCACAAGAAUGCUUUGCUUGGUAAGACCACUUAUGUCCAUUGUAAGGCUGGUCGCGGAAGAAGUACUGUCGUUGUUCUUUGCUAUCUGAUUGAGCAUAAGAGUAUGACUGUAGCUACAGAUUUUGAACAUGUUCGCUCAAUAAGACCGCGGGUUUUGCUGCAUCAAUCACAGAGGAAGGCUGUUGAGGAAUUUAAAAGGCUACACUCUUCUUUGAGUGAAUCAGCAUUCAUCGUAACCUCUGAUGUCUAA